CCGCCCACCCGGAAGGGCCCGGCGGCACCACGUGGUGCGGAACCACGUGUGGGCCCCGUCAUGGCGUCGGCGCCCAAGAGGUUCAAGGCGGCGGCCGGGAGCGGCUCCCGGGGGAAGGGCAGCGCCGAUCCCCUCUCCGCGUUCCUGGCGUGGUGCGGGCGGGCCGGGGUGGAGCUCAGCCCCAAGGUGCGCCUGAGCAGGGAGGGCGCGGUGGCGGGGUACGGCCUGUUGGCCGCCGAGGAGCUGGAGGCGGGAGAGGUCCUGUUCACCAUCCCUCGCACGGCGCUGCUGUCCCAGCACACCACCUCCAUCCACGCCCUCCUGCAGGAAGCCCAGGAGUCCCUGCAGAGCCAGUCGGGGUGGGUCCCUCUCCUGCUGGCCCUGCUGCACGAGUACACAGCCAGCAGCUCCCGGUGGCAGCCGUAUUUCUCCCUCUGGCAGGAUUUCCAGAGCCUGGAUCACCCCAUGUUCUGGCCUGAAGAAGAGCGAACAAGGCUCCUGCAGGGCACAGGCAUUCCAGAAGCCGUGGACAAGGAUCUAGCUAACAUCCACCUCGAGUACAACUCCAUCAUCCUCCCUUUCAUGGAGUCCCACCCUGAUGUCUUUGACCCCAAGCUGCACACUCUGGAAUUGUAUAAGGAGCUGGUGGCAUUUGUCAUGGCCUACAGCUUUCAGGAACCCUUGGAAGAGGAAGAUGAAGAUGAGAAGGGGCCCAAUCCUCCCAUGAUGGUGCCUGUAGCAGAUAUUUUGAAUCACGUGGCCAACCACAACGCCAACCUGGAGUACUCUCCUCUCUGCUUGCGAAUGGUGACCACGCAGCCCGUGGGGAAGGGCCAGGAGAUCUUCAACACCUACGGCCAGAUGGCCAACUGGCAGCUGCUGCACAUGUACGGCUUCGCCGAGCCCUACCCCGGCAACACCCACGACACCGCCGACAUCCAGAUGGUGACGGUGCGGGCGGCGGCUCUGCGGCGUGCUGGGAGUGAAGCGCAGCAGCAGCUGGUGUCAGAGCAGUGGGAUUUCUUGUGCCAGCUGGAGAUGGUGGGCGAGGAAGGUGCCUUUGUGCUUGGCUGGGAUGAGGUGCUGACAGAGGAAGAGCUGUCCGUGACCCUGAAGGUGCUGUGCAUGUCAGAAGAAGAAUUCAAGGAGUAUAAGGAACAAGAUGGCUGGGAAGAUGACAAUGAGGAAGAGGAAAACUCUACCCUUUCCAAUGAGGCUCUCUCCAGACUAAAAACCCCAUGCAAGGAGCUCCUUUAUGACAGUGUGCUGCUGACCCUGGAGUCCUACAGGUCAGAUCUGAAAGCAGAGCAGGACUUGCUAAAUAACAAGGAGGCUUAUGAGAAACUGAGUCGAAGGGAGCAGCAGGCUCUGCACGUGCGCUACGGACAGAAAAGGAUCCUGCAUCAGCUGCUGGAGCUGGUACAAUAGAAACCUCACUGCCCCUGGACAUGACCUGCCUGGGACUGAUCCAAAAGGAAAGGCAGCCUCUGGACAUCAAUCCUGCAGCAGGGAGGACAGAUGGCAAGAUUGACUAUAGGCCCACUUGUCCCUUAUAUGGCAUGUGGCUUUUUAGCUACCUCUCCAUAAAGAAGUAUCUUGACAGCACUGAAGGGAUUUUGGGUGGCAUUGUUGUACAGUGAGAGCUCUGGAGCACAAAUAUCACCUUCUUCCAGAGGCCUUAAGAAACCCCAGACCUCCCAAUGGCUGUUUUAGGAAGGCAGGUGUACACUGUCAGAACAGCAAGUGGGUUCCCUAAUUCAGCAUCAGAAAUUUAAGGCAAGAGCAGCUCCUUGUCCAGAUUAAGAGGGCAGAAUCCAGCUGGCAGCUCAGAGUAAACAUCUGGCAGCUGGAGCUGCUGACAACACUAAACCCUUCAACGCAGAAAUCCGAUUGGAUUGGACCUUCCUGUUCGCAAAUUCCAGGUGGGAGAUGGGGUCUGUCUGAGACUGUGGAAUGAUGGGACACUACAGGAACACUGGAAAGGACUGUAGCAGGUUCUCCUCCCAACACAUGGCUCUGAAACUUCAGGGACUAGAGCCAUGGAACCACCAUUUAUAAGGGAAGAAAACUACAGGACUAGAUAAGUGAGAAGCCACCCCCUCUGGAUCUUUGGGACUAAAAGAAUUAAGAAGUAACUUAAUGAACUGUACCUGGGAAGAAAGCCUGUCUGACAUAGAACUUGAAUGCCCUCAAGGGGUAGUAGCAUUUCCAAUUGCAGUAAUUGUUUUACACAAACACAAUUGCACAAACCAGGACUGUUGAGACAGUGUCAGAUGUCAAACUUCGUAUAAUGUUGGUAUAAUUUUACAUUGAUUAAGCCCCUUACUGUGACAUGUUUUCCUGAAUUGCCUUAAUCCUUCUGAAUAGGAAACUCAUCAUAGAUAAUCCUUUUGUUCUUUCUUGUCCAGUCAAAUACUGUAACAAGAAAUCAAUUGUACAAUGGUUUAAUGAGGAUGGAAGAGAAUUCAAAUUAUUAAUGUUGCAACUAGAUGGGAAUCCAACAAUAUAUACUCUUUAGAAAAUUUCUUUUGAUGCAUAAGGAGGAGGAGGAAGGUAAAUAUCACUGCUGAGCCAUAGGAGAUGAGGUAGUAGCAGAAGGCCAUUGGAUACAAGUAAAGGUAAAAGGAAAACCUUUAACACCUCCCAAAUCCCCUCAAGCCUGGGAAACCAACCCAUACAUAAUUAAGGAGGUAGGGAAACAACAAACACUAUUUCAUAUUGGCUAUACUUAAAACUAAAGACUGUGAUAUUCAUCCUGUUAUUGCUCUAGGCAUGAUCAGUAAUGGAACCACAGUGCAUCCAACAGAACAGAGAAAGGAACAGAUGACAAAUGUCAGCACUUGUAUAGCACAAGAACAAGGGUUUGUCUGUGAGGGAAAUACAACUGAACUCAAGAUGCCUGCCUAGAUAUGGAACAGAAUAUCUGUAAUUCUGAAAUUCAGCCAGAGAUUAAUGUAAAACCAGUAUUUGUAUACAUAACUAAAGGGUGUGUAUGCUUUAGUAUUCCUUGGGAAUACACAGAAAUGGAAAAUCAAUUAAAUCACACUCUAAUUUUUGUGUUUGUAAACUUAAAAAUCACAGCCUCUGAUUUGGGUAAAUAUUCAGCCCCAGUAACUUCCUUCCAACUAUUAAAAACAAAUUAUAGCUUAAUUAACUGUACAACUUACCUCUAUGGGUAUAAGCCUUAUGCUAGUAAAGAAAUUGCUACAACAUAAAAAUUUGCAAAGGCUGUUAAAAGAAGCUAAACAGAGUAGUAGAAAGACUUUGAUUACUGUCUAUCAUGACACCAAAGAAAUCCAUCAGGUAAUGGAAAGAGUGAAGAAAGAUAAGAAAUCACCAUUGGUGGAAUAUUUUAUUUGGAUGGGCUCCAACAGCACCAGGAAUUUUUAAUAAAAUGGUACAUCUCAUAAUUGUCUUUAAAA